UCAAUUACACAAAUUAGAGAGAUUCAACGAAAAAUUAAUAUCAGAGUGCUGUGGUCUCCAUAGCAAAGCUCAUUUUCUCUCUGCUUUUUCUGUAGUACAACGUGGAGUGCAAGUGAUAGAGGUAAGCUAGAAAUUAUCAAUAGGGUUGACAUUAAAUUAAGGUGAUUAGUAAAAAUGGAAGGAGGGCCGGAGGCGGCAAGUAAGCAAGAGUUUACGGAAUUUUGGAGAAGAGCAACCAGGUCGCCCUACAUCAUGCGCCUUGCUUUAUCGGCUGGAAUUGGAGGUCUUCUCUUCGGUUACGACACCGGUGUUAUCUCGGGAGCCUUGCUUUAUAUUCGCGAGGACUUCGUAGAAGUUGAUAAGAAAUUAUGGUUGCAAGAAGUUAUUGUAAGUAUGGCUGUAGCGGGUGCCAUCAUUGGUGCGGCACUUGGUGGAUGGAUGAACGACAGGCUUGGCCGAAAGACUUCUAUCUUGGGAGCUGAUAUUGUUUUUUUUCUUGGCGCAAUUGUCAUGGCUAUUGCCCCAGCUCCUUGGGUCCUUGUUGUUGGAAGAAUUUUAGUUGGUUUUGGAGUUGGCAUAGCUUCUAUGACUUCUCCUCUCUACAUCUCAGAAGCCUCUCCAACUGCCAUUAGAGGAGCUCUCGUGUGUAUUAAUGGUCUCCUCAUCACCUUUGGUCAAUUUCUCUCUUACCUUAUCAACCUCGCGUUCACCGAGACUCCUGGAACGUGGCGUUGGAUGCUUGGGGUGGCUGGACUUCCAGCGGUGGUUCAGUUCGUUUUAAUGCUGACCCUGCCUGAGUCACCCAGGUGGUUGUACAACCAGGGGUUAGAAAAGGAGUCAAGGGAAAUUCUAGAAAAGAUUUACGAUGCAGAUGAGAUUGAAGGGGAGAUAAAUGCGAUGAGAGAAGCCGUAGAACAAGAGAAGCAACAAGAAGGGUUGAUCGGUCAAACUCUUGGAGAGAAAAUGAAAGCUGCUUUCAGCAACGUUGCUGUCCGAAGAGGAUUGUAUGCAGGCGUGACUGCUCAAGUCGCUCAACAAUUCGUUGGUAUCAACACCGUCAUGUAUUACAGCCCAACCAUUGUUCAGUUUGCCGGCAUUGCAUCAAAAUCAACAGCACUUGCACUCUCCCUCGUCACAUCUGGUCUCAACGCCGUUGGAUCUAUCCUCAGCAUGCUUUGUAUCGAUAAAUAUGGAAGGAGAAAGCUCAUGCUCCUCUCUCUUAUCGCAAUCAUUGUUUGCCUCCUCACUCUCACCGGAGUUUUCUAUCAGGCAGCUACCACUGCUCCUCCAAUUGACAACGUUGACACCCUCAGUUUCGGUGGUAACGCUACAUGCCAGGCUUAUCUUGAUGCCCCCAAUUUCUCUUCAUGGAACUGCAUGAAGUGUUUGAAAGCUGAAUGUGCCUUUUGUGCCAGCACUGGGGGCAAUAAUCUUCCGGGAGCGUGCCUGGCAGAAACAAAGGAUGUGAGAGCGGUGUGUGGUGAGCAGAAGCGCGUGUGGUUUUCUGACGGAUGUCCAAGCAAAAUUGGAGUAUUAGCAGUUAUAGUGUUGGGGCUAUAUAUCCUUGCAUACUCUCCAGGAAUGGGAACAGUACCUUGGGUUUUGAACUCAGAGAUAUAUCCAUUGAGAUUCAGGGGAAUUUGUGGAGGCAUAGCAGCAGUUUCAAACUGGUGUGCUAAUCUGAUAGUGAGUUUGACAUUCUUGUCAUUGAUCCAUGCACUUGGAGCUGCAGGAACAUUCCUUCUCUUUGCUGGAUUUUCUACAAUUAGCCUUGUUGCCAUCUAUUUAUUGGUACCAGAAACUAAAGGACUUCAGUUUGAAGAAGUUGAGAAGUUGCUUCAGAAAGGGUUCAAUCCUUGCAAUUGCACUAAUUUAAAGACAGAUGAAGAGAAAGCAAAUGAAGAGAAAGCAAGUACUAGUAAAUAAAUAAAUUUCAUUCACCAUAACCAUUUUGAUGGAUCACAUCAGUGGAUGGUUGAAUUAAUAAAACCAUAUGAUAUGAUGAAGCUGUUAGUUAUCUUUCAUAUAGAUCGAGGAAUUCUUUUUGGAAGAUCCUCUCUUCAAGGAACGGAAAUUAAAGAAGGAGAUAAAUAUGAUUGCUGCAUGUGCGUGCGUUCUCUUCUUCCUUCGGAGAAAUAAAACUACUCAAAAUCCAAAGGACUGGUGUUGUCAGUGCAAUAGAGAAUUUCUCCAUUUAUGCAAUACACAAUUCAUGUAUGUCGAUUUGUAUCCAACGUAUUAAAUAAAAAAAGAGGCACGUUGUAUGAAUACUUU